AUGGAUGCUGACGCUGACGAAGCACAGCGUCGUCGUGAAGAAUGCGAACGCAAGGCCCGCCGUGGGGAGAUGGAUCCCCGUUUGGAGUUUACCUUUCAGCUAUUGAUUGAUGCAACGCAAUUGCCCAGGCAUCAGUUGAUGGACUAUAUAUUCGAGGGAGAUAUGCUUGAUGAAAUCAAUCAACUCUUCCUGCCAAAUAUGAGGAACAAGCUGUUGUGGUUUUUCCAAGAAGUGGAUGAACCUGAGUCGCAGCCUGCACAGGAUCCUAAUAAGCCAGGACCUUCACGUUCGGGUAUGGCUUCUAGCAGUUCAAAGACUCCGCAAGGUGGUACCUCUCCUGGUAGUUCAGCGCCAGCGAAGCAGAAAAAACUCUUCCUAACCGAUGGUUGGACAUGUGCUUUCACCGGAGUUUGUAUUUACAUUUUUCGCAUAAAUACAACGAAACAAUUGCCCGAGGAAGGAUUCCAAAAGGAUUUAUUUUGUGGCAUCAUUGAUGCCAAAAAUGUUGGCUUGGUCACUUCCAUUGAACGCAUCAUCGAGUAUGUAUUCAUGCAGGCCUUGGCCUUCCCCAGUUUGGAAGGUGAUGAGGAGGAUAUUAGCUGUGGCCUCAUCAAGGGCCAACUAUUGCCUGGUCUGCGUUCCUUUUGCAGUGCUUUGCGUGUCUGCGAACAAGUCUGCGAUCAUUUCAAUGUUUUCGAUGAUGGCUGCGAUAUGUUCGAGAGAGUUGAACAGGUGGAUGAAGUCAAGGAUCUGGCAAAAAAUCAAGAGUUUUGCACCCAACUCGAGGAGAGAGUUAUCAAUUGGAUUAAGGGCAUCACCAAAAUCUUGGGUGAAAGUGAUCAAUUACGCAAAGAGAAUGAUUCAAGUGGUCCACAGGAUGAGUUGGAAUAUUGGAAGAAGCGUGGAGCUCAAUUUUCUCAACUAUUGGCUCAUUUGCAAACCAAAGAAGUGCAAUACACACUGCAUUGCUUGUUUUUGGCCAACUCCAAGGUUAUGCGUGAUUGGAAGGACACCGAUCGUAAGAUAACAUUUUGCUACAAUGAAGCCAGGGAUAACUCCAAGUUUAUUCAAGCCAUGGAGAAUUGUUGUCAUUCUUUGUAUUUAGAUGACCCGGUCUGCAUGAAGGAAUCCAUUUUAAGUCUCUUACAAACAGUACGUUUGAUUUAUAGUGUCUCACAGUUUUAUAACACCUCCGAAAGGACUUCAGCACUGAUGGUUAAGAUAACCAAUCAAAUGAUAGAAACUUGCAAAUCGUACAUCACCUGCCGCUGCAAGGAGACCAUUUGGUCUCAAGAUCGCACUUUAGUUCGCACCAAACUUAGCAAUUGCAUCAAAUUGAAUCACAUCUAUCACGAGACCUACUACACGGUGAGAGAACAACCAUUUCUACCCAAUCAGACUCCAUUUGGAUUUUCGGAAAAUUUUGUUUUCGGAAAAUUUGACACCUUCUGUGAAAGAUUGUCGAAAAUCACUUCCAUGUUCAAUUUGAUUGAUGAUUACAAUCAUCUGUUCGAGAGGAGAUUGGAAGGUCUGCUUUUGGCUGAAGCUCUGGAGGAUGCCUCAAAUCAUUUUGAAGAGGCCAAAAAGGAAAUACUUUCUAAGAAAUAUGAUUACUUGGAUCAUCGUAAUGCAGACUUCAACGAUGACUAUGAAAGAUUCAUAAGUAAGACGGAUGUGUUAAAGGACACCAUAGCUACCUUGAUUGAGACCAAUUUCGAUACCGUGUGGGAAACACCACAGUGUAUACGCUUCCUUAUACGUUUCGAAAAGGUUAGCGAGAAGAUUCCCCUCUCCAAAAUGGAUGAGAAAUACAUGCGCAUAGUACGCUAUGUGGACAAAGAAGUGGAUCGGGUUGUCAAGCUAUUUCGCAAGCAACGAGAUGAUCCUCCGGUAGGUCGUAAUUUUCCACCAAUCGCUGGACGUAUCUAUUGGAGCCGUUCGCUGUAUUGUCAUAUCACUGAGUUGAUAGACUCUGUGUGUGAUCACCCGGUUUUGGGUGUUUUACCCCCCACCAGAGAUGUAGAGGCUCGCUAUAAUCAUGUCGCCAAUCUGCUGGGAGAAUAUGAAGAUGAGAUCAUUGCCAUUUGGAUGGACCAGGAUGUGAGUGUGGCAGAUGCCUGUCUGUUGCAGCCGUUAUUGUCCCUGCAAGGUGAUCGAAUGUUUGUGAAUCUACAUCCAACCAUACCCUUGCUUAUACGUGAGGCAAAGUUAUUGGCCAAAAUCAAAGUAGAUUUGCCAAUAGUGGCGGCGACACUGAUGAGCCGGCAGGAUUACUUCAUUACCAUUCAGGAUUCGUUGAAUAAUCUUAUCAAAAUGUUUUUGACCACAGUACGUGCUGUUAAGUUGGAGGUACGGCCUUUGUUUCUGCCCCAAUUAGUACGCUUGACGGCCAUGUUGAAACCGGGUCUUUCCACAAUAACCUGGACCGAUUUGAACUGGAAUAAGUUCUAUGAAAGGUGCAAGCAAGCCAUAGAAACAUUUGAGGUACUGGUAGCUCGCAUCCAUGAUAUUUACUCCAAUCGCAUACUGCAUGUUUUGAUGUGCAUGCAGGAUGUGUCACUGCAAGUUUUGCCAGCAGAUGACGAGAUUUGGACCGUAGAAGAGUUUUUAGAAAAGAGUGAAGAGUCCUGCAGAAAAGCGGCCAUAGAGCUAAAUCGUAAAAGUCAAAUGAUUUCCGAAGCAGUCGAAGAAGUUCUGAAUCUUGUCGAUAAGGCCUCGGAGAGAUUCAAAGAAAUGGCAGGAGAUGAUAUUGUAACUUUAUUUGAUGUCGUAAAGGAUCAAAACUCCUCUGCUCGCAAGACCGGUGAAACAGAUGGCGGCAAUGGAGGUGGUGGAGGUGGCGGAGGCGGUGGUGGUGGUUCCGGCCCUCAACAACAAGACUGGAGCAUUCUUUGGUCAUGUUUUGAUAAUCCUUUAACUUUGUUGGCCACUUCGGAAAGUUUACCCAAAGGAUUGCACGAUAUGGUUUGUAAUGCUGUGGUGGAAAUGAGACGCUACUACAGUCGCAAAGUUAUAGAUGUUCUUAUAAAAGUUAUACGAGCUGCUUUGGAUACCAUACGUAGACGUUUUGUAUCCGACGAUGAAGAGCCCGUAAGUCAAAAACCCAUAUUUGCUCUCUAUGCUCAACUGCAAAUACCCAAUGUGGUAAUCAAACCAAAUCUGGAGGAGUUACAAGAAAUUUUGAUAACUGCUGGAAAGACCAUAACUGGCAUAGCAAAGGGUGUGGCCCAGUGGACUAGUGGAAAGGAAUUGCCGCAAGUCUCUUUAACUCCACAACCUCGUGUGGGACGCAAUCACAAUACCAAGCGUCGUAAAUUAUAUACCCUGGACUCGGUACAACGUCCUCAAAUGCCUCACAUGCUAAAGUCUUUCUAUUCUGCCAUUAUGGAUAAUAAAGAAGUGGCAAAGGCUUUAAAUUUACUAUCGAAUUGCACAAAGGGUAUUAAGCCGGAGAUACAAACCUACAUUAAACGUUGGAAACCCUAUCAUUUUUUGUGGAAAAAUGAUCGCACCACUCGUCAACUGAUGGAAUUUGGUUUACAGGAAUUUGAAACUACACUGCGUUGUUUGUCCGAUUUGGAUGCAAAUCUGUUGGUGGAACCGGAUAUGGAGGUAUUUGGAAAUUGUUUGGCAGUUUACAAUGAGCGUUUAAAAUAUGGACUGGCCAUUGAGAUCAAAUCCUGCAACCACAAAAUUGGCCAAGCCAUGAAAAAGAAGUACAAAAAGGAAAUGGACUAUGUGUAUGCUGUGGUAAAUGAAAUGGAUCGUAAGCUGGAUAGGCCAAUACGUGAUUUGGAUGAUGUGCGCAUGAUUAUGGAAACUUUGGGCAAGAUACGAGAGCAAGAGGUUGAUAUGGAGUUACGCAUAGAUCCCAUUGAGGAAGCUUUCAAUGUUCUUACCCGCUAUGAAGUUCAGGUGGAACGUGAACAAUUUGAUUUGGUUGAUAAUCUAAGGCCAACUUUCCAAAAUCUUUUGGCUUGCGCUCUACAAGCCCAAGUGAAACUGUUGGAAAUGCAACCUUCCUUCCAGGAUGAUUUGAAAGAUAAUCUGGACAACUUCAAACAGGAUAAGAUCACCUAUGUGUCCGAAUACCGUACAGCUGGCCCCAUGCAGCCAGGAUUGACACCACGCGAGGCCUCAGAUCGUUUGAUACUCUUCCAAAAUAGAUUCGAAGGUAUGUGGCGACGACUGCAGACCUAUCAGAGCGGCGAAGAGCUAUUCGGUCUGCCACAAACUGAUUAUCCCGAAUUGGGCCAAAUUCGCAAAGAAUUGAAUUUGCUACAAAAAUUAUACAAACUCUACAAUGAUGUCAUAGAUAGGGUCAGCAGCUAUUACGAUAUACCCUGGAAUGAGGUGGACAUUGAGGAGAUCAACAAUGAGUUGAUGGAAUUCCAGAAUCGUUGUCGCAAGUUACCCAAGGCCCUUAAGGAGUGGCCUGCUUUCCAUGCCUUGAAGAAGACCAUUGACGAUUUUAACGACAUGUGUCCCCUGCUGGAGUUGAUGGCCAACAAGGCCAUGAAGCCUCGUCAUUGGCAACGUAUCAUGGAUGUUACCCAAUACAUAUUUGAAUUUGAUUCGGAGGGCUUUUCUUUGAAGAACAUAUUGGAGGCCCCAUUGCUCAAGUACAAGGAAGACAUUGAGGAUAUUUGUAUUAGUGCCAUGAAGGAGAAGGAUAUUGAGGCCAAGUUGAAACAGGUCACAAAUGAAUGGUCCGUCCACGAACUGCAGUUCAUGAGCUUCAACAACAGGGGCGAGCUGUUGCUAAGAGGUGACACAACGGCCGAGACCAUAGGUCAGCUGGAAGACAGUUUAAUGGUUUUAGGAUCUCUGCUCUCCAAUCGUUAUAAUGCUCCCUUCCGCAAACAAAUCCAGCAAUGGGUAUUCGAUUUAUCCAACUCAAAUGAAAUUCUGGAGAGAUGGCUUUUGGUGCAAAAUAUGUGGGUGUAUUUGGAGGCUGUAUUCGUGGGUGGUGACAUUGCCAAACAACUGCCCAAGGAGGCUAAACGUUUCUCGAAAAUCGAUAAAUCCUGGCAAAAGAUUAUGCAAAGGGCCCAUGAGACACCUGGUGUGGUGGCCUGCUGUGUGGGCGAUGACUUGCUGAAACAGCUGCUUCCUCAUCUGCAAGAACAACUGGAGAUAUGUCAGAAGUCCCUCAGCGGUUAUCUGGAGCGCAAGCGUAUGAUGUUUCCGCGCUUCUUUUUCGUAUCUGAUCCUGCUUUACUGGAGAUUUUGGGUCAGGCCUCCGAUUCCCAUACCAUACAAAAUCAUCUGCUCUCCAUAUUCGACAAUACGCGAUACAUUAAAUUCCACGACAUUGAAUACAACAAAAUGAUGGCCAUUCUGUCGAGUGAGGGCGAAAUCAUCCAUCUGGACCGGGCCAUACGAGCCGAGGGUUCCGUUGAGACAUGGUUAACUCAAUUGCUGGUCACAGCGCAGGCGUCAUUGCAUUCUAUUAUUCGUACCGCUUAUGCCACAAUCAAUGAUCCCAACUUCAGUUUGAUUGGCUUCCUGGAAAAGGCACCAGCUCAAAUCAGUCUUUUGGGCAUACAAAUGAUUUGGACACGCGAUGCGGAAAUGGCUCUGAUGCAGGCCAGGCAAGAGAGAAAGGCCAUGUCGGAAACGAAUAAUAAAUUUCUUGAUAUUCUAAAUACUCUCAUCGAUCAGACAACAAGGAAUCUAACGAAAAUGGAAAGAACCAAUUUUGAGACCUUGAUUACAAUUCAUGUGCAUCAGCGGGAUAUUUUUGAUAUUUUGUGUCGCAUGAACAUUAAAUCGGCCAAUGACUUUGAGUGGCUUAAGCAGUGUCGUUUCUAUUUCAAAGAGGACUUGGACAAGACCUGGAUUUCGGUUACCGAUGUCACCUUUACUUAUCAAAAUGAAUACUUGGGCUGUACAGAUAGGUUGGUCAUUACUCCGUUGACUGAUAGAUGCUACAUAACAUUGGCUCAAGCUCUAACCUUGAGCAUGGGUGGUGCGCCAUGCGGUCCUGCUGGUACUGGCAAAACGGAGACUGUUAAGGACAUGGGAAAAACAUUGGCUAAAUACGUAGUCGUAUUUAAUUGUUCCGAUCAAAUGGAUUACAGGGGCCUGGGACGCAUCUAUAAAGGCUUAGCCCAAUCCGGUUCGUGGGGCUGCUUCGAUGAAUUCAAUCGCAUUGAAUUGCCUGUCUUGUCUGUGGCAGCGCAACAGGUAGCUGUUGUCUUAACCGCCAAGAAGGAGAAGAAGAAAUCGUUUGUAUUCACAGAUGGCGAUACAAUUGAAAUGAAUCCGGAAUUUGGAAUAUUUAUAACGAUGAAUCCCGGUUAUGCCGGCCGUAAAGAAUUGCCCGAAAAUUUAAAAAUUCAAUUCCGCACAGUGUCUAUGAUGGUGCCCGAUCGUCAAAUCAUUAUUCGUGUCAAGCUGGCCUCAUGCGGUUUUCUUGAGAAUAUUACCUUGGCUAGAAAAUUUUACACCCUAUACAAGUUGUGCGAAGAACAAUUGACCAAACAGGUGCAUUACGAUUUUGGUUUGCGCAACAUUUUAUCCGUGCUAAGGACAUUGGGUGCUUCGAAGCGUAGGAACUCAAAGGAUAGCGAGAGUACGAUUGUGAUGCGGGUCUUGCGCGAUAUGAAUCUGUCCAAACUUAUUGAUGAUGAUGAGCCGUUGUUCAUAUCGUUGGUCUCCGAUUUGUUUCCCAAUCAGACCCUCGAAAAGACCAACUACCCUGAGUUGGAUGCUGCUAUAGCUCAGCAAACGGAAGAGGCAAGUUUGGUCUACCAUCCCCCGUGGGUUCUGAAGCUUAUACAACUGUAUGAAACCCAAAAUGUCCGUCACGGCAUCAUGACUCUGGGUCCCAGUGGCGCGGGCAAAUCCACCUGUAUACACACCCUAAUGAAAGCCCUUACCCAAAUGGGUGAUGUCCAUCGGGAAAUGCGAAUGAAUCCCAAGGCCAUUACAGCAGCCCAAAUGUUUGGUCGCCUGGAUGUGGCCACCAAUGAUUGGACAGAUGGUAUAUUUUCAGCUCUAUGGCGUAAAACUUUAAAACUGAAGCCUGGUGAAUAUGUGUGGCUGGUAUUGGAUGGACCAGUCGAUAGUAUAUGGAUUGAAAACUUGAACUCUGUGUUGGAUGAUAACAAAACCUUGACCUUGGCUAAUGGCGAUCGCCUGACCAUGGCCCCCACCGUUAAGAUUGUCUUUGAGCCACACAAUAUUGAUAAUGCUUCACCAGCUACCGUGUCCAGGAAUGGCAUGGUGUACAUGAGUUCAUCGGGUUUGGAUUCGAGGCCAAUUGUACAAGCUUGGCUGAAAAAUCGUGCUCCUGGUGAGAAGACCGUGUUUUGGGAUCUAUUUGAACGCACUUUUGUCCAAUUGACUUCUUGGGGUACUCAAAAUCUCAAGCUACUCAUGCCAGUGCUGCAAUGUAACAUCGUUCGACAAAUGUUGCUGUUAUUGGAGGGUUUGGUGCCAGUCAAAAAGGAUGAGGAGCCGGCCGUUAGCUUGUGCAGCAAGGACAGUCAAGAUGAAGAAGCAGCUGAAGAGCCCGUGGUGGAAGAAAAAGAGGACACCUGUACUCCGGAACAUUUACAUCGCUUGUACAUCUUUGCUUUAGCCUGGGGUUUGGGUGCCUACCUGAGUGCAUCGGAUCGUGUAAAAAUGAAUCAAUACGUUAAGCAGUCGUUUCCCGAUUUGGAUUAUGCCAAGGGCACGGCUACCGAGAAUUCAAUAUUUGAUUUUUUCGUAUCGGCAACGGGAGCCUGGCAAUCCUGGAAGACCUUGGUGACACCCUAUAUGUAUCCGGAAGUAUCCACUCCAGAUUACUUGAGUAUCCUGGUGCCUAUUAUCGACAAUGUGCGCAUGGAUUAUCUCAUUGGGACCAUAGCCAACCAGGAAAAGGCUGUGAUGCUGAUUGGCGAACAAGGCACUGGAAAGACAGUCAUCAUGAAGAAUUUCAUGAAAAAGAUGAACGUGGAAACCUACAUGGGGCGCUCGUUCAAUUUUUCAUCGGCCACUAGUCCAUAUCAGUUUCAGAGAACAAUAGAAAGUUAUGUGGAAAAGAGAGUGGGUGUUACGUUUGGUCCGCCAGGAGGCCGCAAAUUGAUUGUGUUCAUAGAUGACAUUAAUCUGCCGGAGAUAAAUGAAUGGGGUGACCAGGUGACAAAUGAAAUCGUCCGCCAAUCUAUGGAUAUGAAGGGCUUCUACAGCUUGGAGAAGCCGGGAGACUUUACCACCGUGGUGGAUGUUCAAUAUGUGGGUGCCAUGGGCUUGCCUGGAGGUGGCCGCAAUGACAUUCCUUCGCGUUUGAAACGCCAGUUUUGUGUCUUCAACUGCAACAUACCCGACAAUGAGUCGAUUGACAAGAUAUUCCGAGUCAUUGGUGAGGGCCACUACAACACCAAGAGGUGUUUCAUUCCGGAGGUAAGGAGUCUGGUAAAGAAGUUGAUUUUGGUCACCCGUUACUUGUGGCAGCGCACGCGUGAGAAGUUGUUGCCCACACCUGCGAAAUUCCAUUACGUCUUCAGUUUGCGUGAUCUCUCACGUAUCUGGCAGGGCAUGGUGGGCACCCUGCCUACUGUCAUCACCUCGGAGAGUGUCCUCAUGUCUCUAUGGAAACACGAAUGCAUACGAGUAUUUGCCGAUCGAUUUACAAAUAUUCCCGAUAAGGAGUGGUUCGGUUCUGAAUUGGCUUGUCUAGUGCGCUCGGAGCUGGGCGAAAAUUACGUGCAGAUGAUCGUCCCGAAUCCGGUAUUUGUGGACUUUAUGCGUGACGCCCCUGAACCCACAGGCGAAGAGGGCGAAGAUGCGGAUAUGGAGCUGCCCAAAGUCUACGAGCCGGUGACCUCUCACGAAGUGCUCCGUGAGCGUCUGGUUAUGUUCCUUGCUCAGUUCAAUGAAAUGGUGCGAGGUUCUGGAAUGGACUUGGUCUUCUUUCCCGAUGCAAUGCUGCAUUUGGUAAAGAUUUCUCGCAUAAUACGGCAUCCUCGCGGCAAUGUCAUGCUGGUCGGGGUGGGUGGCUCUGGUAAACAAUCGCUGACCAAAUUGGCAUCAUUUAUAGCCGGCUAUAAGACUUUCCAAAUUGCCCUGACGCGUUCAUACAAUGUGGCCAACUUUUUGGAGGAUCUCAAACUGCUCUACCGCACCUGUGGCGUUCAAGGUAAAGGCACCACCUUCCUCUUCACCGACAUGGACAUUAAGGAGGAAGGUUUCCUAGAGUAUUUGAAUAAUAUCCUCUCGUCCGGUGUGAUCUCGAAUCUCUUCUCCCGCGAUGAACAAGCCGAAAUUGUUCAAGAGCUCACACCGAUAAUGAAACGUGAAAAUCAACGAAAAACCGCCACCCCGGAAAGUGUGAUGGAAUUCUUCUUGGCGCGCACCUGUGCCAAUCUUCAUGUGGCCUUCUGUUUCUCUCCCGUGGGAGAGACCUUUCGGUCGAGGGUGCAACGUUUUCCGGCCCUGGUCUCAGGCUGCACCAUCGAUUGGUUCCAACCAUGGCCCAAGGAUGCUCUCGUCUCCGUGUCACGACACUUUCUGAGUGACUUUGAAAUAGAGUGUACACCGGAAGUCAAGGAGGAGUUGGUCAAUGCUUUGGGCUCAAUACAGGACAUCGUAGCGGAAACUUCCCAGGAAUAUUUCCAACGGUUUCGACGAGCCACCCACGUUACCCCUAAAUCCUAUCUUAAUUUUAUAGCCGGCUACAAGAACAUCUAUCAGCAGAAGCAAAAGGAGCUGGGUGAUGGCGUAGAGAAAAUGGACACUGGUUUGGAAAAGCUAAAGGAAGCUUCAGCAUCCGUGGAGGUCUUGAAGAAGGACUUGGUGGUCAUGGAGGAGGAAUUGGUGGAGGCCUCAAAGAAGGCCGAAUCGGUCCUAGUGGAGGUUACGGAGAAGGCAAGACAGGCUGAAAUUGUCAAAAAUCAAGUGCUGAUUGUCAAGAAUAAGGCCGAAGCCUUGGUGGCCUGCAUUGCCAAGGAGAAGGCCCUGGCAGAAGAAAAACUAGAAGCAGCCAAGCCAGCGUUGGAGGAGGCCGAAUCUGCUUUGAACACCAUUAAGCCGGCCCACAUAGCCACUGUGCGUAAACUGGGACGUCCCCCACAUUUAAUUAUGCGUAUCAUGGAUUGUGUGUUGAUACUCUUUAAACGUAAACUACAUCCUUGUAUACCAGAUGCUGCAACACCAUGUCCCAAGCCCUCGUGGCAGGAGUCACUGAAGAUGAUGGCCAGUGCUACUUUCCUUUUGCAAUUACAAAACUAUCCUAAGGACACCAUCAAUGAUGAGAUGAUUGAUUUAUUACAACCAUACUUUUGCAUGGAAGAUUACAACAUGGAUAUGGCCAGACGUGUGUGCGGUGAUGUUGCCGGCUUACUUUCCUGGACCAAAGCUAUGGGCUUCUUUCAUAGUGUCAACAAGGAAGUACUGCCCUUAAAGGCAAAUCUUACAAUGCAGGAGGCAAGAUUAAAGCUUGCUAUGGACGAUUUGGCUGGGGCCGAAGAACAACUGCGAGAACGUGAGGAAGCCUUGCAAGCAGUAAAAAAUCUCUACGACAAUGCUGUAGGUGAGAAACAACGUCUGACGGAUGCCGCCAAUGCUUGCCUGCGUAAAAUGACUGCGGCCACGGCUUUGAUCAAUGGUCUGUCGGGUGAGAAAGUACGUUGGACCAAUCAAAGUAAAGAGUUCAAAAUCCAAUUGGGCAAACUAGUAGGCGACGUUCUAUUGGCCACUGGUUUUCUUUCGUACUGUGGUCCCUAUAAUCAAGAAUUCCGUUCCAACUUGAUUCGAACUUGGAUGGGAAUUUUGAAGCAAAAGCAAAUUCCCUUUACCACAGGCUUGAAUAUAAUCAGUAUGUUGGUGGACUCUUCCACAGUGUCAGAAUGGAAUCUUCAAGGUUUGCCCAAUGAUGAGCUGUCAGUGCAGAAUGCUUUAAUUGCUACCAAAUCCAGCAGCUAUCCCAUGUUAAUUGAUCCUCAGGCUCAGGGCAAGAUAUGGAUCAAAUCCAAGGAGGAGCAGCAUGAGUUACAGAUAACCUCAUUGAAUCACAAAUAUUUCCGCACCCAUCUUGAGGACUCCUUGUCGUUGGGUCGUCCCCUACUCAUAGAAGAUGUGGGCAUAGAACUGGAUCCUGUGCUGGAUAAUGUUUUGGAAAAGAAUUUCAUUAAAUCGGGUAGUAUUGAAAAGGUGUUGGUGGGCGAUAAGGAGUGUGACGUCAUGCCCGGUUUUAUGCUUUACAUAACAACUAAGCUACCAAAUCCGGCCUUUAGCCCUGAGGUAAGCGCCAAGACUUCCAUUAUUGAUUUCACUGUCACCAUGCGUGGUCUGGAGGACCAGCUGCUGGGAAGAGUUAUCCUUAUGGAAAAAUCCGAUUUAGAGGCUGAAAGAGUUCAACUCUUUGAGACGGUCAUGCAAAAUCAGCGCAACAUGAAGGAGUUGGAAGCCAAUCUUUUGUAUCGCUUGAGCUCUUCCCAAGGUUCAUUGGUAGACGAUGAGGAUUUGAUUGAAGUGCUGCGUGUUACAAAAACCACCGCUGAGGAGGUAAAUGAAAAACUCAAGAUUGCCGAGGUCACUGAACGCAAGAUCAUGAAGGCACGCGAAGAGUUUAGAGCUGUGGCAGCCAGAGGAUCAAUUUUAUAUUUCCUCAUUGUUGAGAUGAGCAAUGUCAAUGUUAUGUACCAGAAUGCCUUGAAACAGUUCUUGGUCAUUUUCAAUAACUCCAUUACCAAGUCGACCAAGUCGAAUGUCACCGAGGAGCGUAUAAACAUCAUUUUGAGAUAUCUAACCUAUGAAGUUUACAAAUUCACCAAUCGCAGUCUCUACGAACGUCAUAAGCAAUUGUUCACCCUAAUGUUGGCGAUUAAAAUUGACUAUCACAAUGGCAAUGUAAGUCAUGAGGAAUUCAUGGCAUUCAUUAAAGGUGGUGCCUCGUUGGAUUUGAAUGCAGUGCAGCCUAAACCAUUUCGUUGGAUUCUUGAUAUAACCUGGCUAAAUUUGGUUGAGAUAAGCAAGCUGGAGACAUUUGUUAAUGUUCUGGAAUUGAUUGAAUUAAAUGAACGAGAAUGGCGUGUUUGGUAUGAAUCUGAAAAACCAGAAAACGAGGAUAUUCCUUGCAAUUAUCAAACAUCUCUUGAUGGCUUUCGCAAGCUUUUGCUAAUCAGAUCUUGGUGUCCGGAUCGUACUAUAUCCCAAGCUAAAAAAUAUAUUGAAGAAUCAUUGGGUCCCGAAUACAGUGAAAUGCAAAUUUUGGACUUGGAACUUACCUGGUCUGAAUCGGAGCCAAGAACACCAUUUGUCUGCUUGCUUUCCAUUGGUUCCGAUCCAACAACACAGAUUUCGGCAUUGGCAAAGCAAAAGGAAAUGCCUCUUAAGGCCGUUUCAAUGGGUCAGGGCCAGGAAUUUCAUGCACGCAAAAUGAUAAUGGAUUCCAUGGCAGGUGGUGGUUGGGUUUUGUUACAAAAUGUGCAUCUCUCAUUGCCAUUCUGCACUGAAGUUAUUGAUAUGCUGGUGGAAACCGAACAUGUUGACGAUUCGUUCCGUUUGUGGUUGACCACUGAGCCGCACACUGAAUUUCCCAUAGGUCUGCUACAGAUGGCUAUAAAAUUCACUAAUGAACCGCCACAAGGUAUUCGUGCCAGUAUGAAAAGAAGUUAUCAGGCUUUUACACAAGAUUUCCUGGACUAUACAGCUGCACCACAAUGGCCUCCACUACUCUACACCGUAGCUUUCUUGCACACCAUAGUUCAGGAGAGGCGAAAAUUCGGCCCAUUAGGAUGGAAUGUGCCCUAUGAAUUUAAUGCUGCUGAUUUUGCUGCCAGUGUACAAUUUGUUCAAAACCAUUUGGAUGAAAUGGACCCCAAAAAAGGUGUCUCCUGGCAGACUCUAGUCUACAUGAUUGGUGAGGUGCAGUAUGGCGGCCGUGUCACCGAUGAUUUCGAUAAACGCCUGCUGACCACAUUUACCGCUGUGUGGUUUUGUGAAGGUCUUCUAAAUCCCUCCUUUGAAUUCCACAAGGGCUACAAGGUGCCCAACACCAAGAGUUUGCAGGGUUUCAUUGAUGCUAUUAGCAAUCUGCCAGCCAAUGAUACACCAGAGGUGUUUGGAUUACAUUCGAAUGCCGACAUCACGUACCAAAUUAAUUCAGCUAAAGGUAUUUUGGAUACCAUCCUCAGUGUCCAGCCUAAAGAAGGCGGAGGCGGCGGUGGAGAAACACGAGAAAGCAUUGUGUAUCAAUUAGCCGAUGAUAUGUUGAGAAAGUUACCGCCCCAAUACAACGACUAUGAGGUGCGUGAGAAUCUCGUAAGGAUGGGUAUUCUGUUGCCGAUGAACAUCUUUUUGAGGCAAGAAAUUGAUCGCAUGCAAAAGGUGAUAAAACGAGUCUAUACAUGUUUAUGUGAUCUAAAAUUGGCCAUAGAUGGUACCAUUAUAAUGAGUCCUGGCUUAAAAGACUCCUUGGAUGCUAUGUACGAUGCACGUAUACCAGAGUCUUGGAUGAAGAUAUCAUGGGAGUCAACAACUUUGGGCUUUUGGUACACCGAGCUGCUGGAACGUAAUGCACAAUUUCGUACCUGGAUAUCAACGGAUCGUCCAAAGGUCUUUUGGAUGACAGGCUUUUUUAAUCCUCAAGGAUUUUUAACAGCUAUGCGUCAGGAAGUAACACGAGCACAUAAAGGCUGGGCUCUUGACUCGGUCGUAUUACAAAACCAAAUCACCCGCUACAAUAGAGAGGACAUAACCGAGUAUCCUCAAGAAGGCGUAUAUGUUUAUGGCCUUUUCCUGGAAGGUGCCUCACUGGAUCGUCGCAGCGGCAAGCUAAUCGAGUCCAAGAUGAAAGUGCUCUACGAGCAAAUGCCUGUGAUUUACAUCUUUGCCAUCAAUACCACGGCCGGCAAGGAUCCCAAGUUGUACGAGUGUCCAAUAUAUCGCAAACCGCAACGUACGGAUUUGAAAUAUGUGGGAUCCAUUGAUUUCGAAACAGACUUCAAUCCCAAACACUGGACAUUACGUGGUGUUGCCUUGCUAUGUGAUAUAAAGUGAAAUAUUUAUGAGUGGGAGGCAAUGUUUGGUGUGGAUGUGUUUGAAUGGUGGCGUUUUGUGUGAACAGACUUUGGAGCUGUUGCUUUCAAUGUCUGGGUGAGUAGCUGAGCGUAGGUAUAAGUGUGGGUAGUCGAUUAAAUUUGCUCUGCAUGAUGGGCAUGGAAUAUGCACAAGUCUAUAUGCUUAAUAAA